AUGGCUGUGGCGAAGGAACUGAAUAAUGGCCGAUGCAAGUGCAACGGCCACGCGAGCAAGUGCGUGGACAACGCCUGCAUAUGCGAGCACAACACGACGGGCGAGAGCUGCGAGGCCUGCCAGCCAUUCUUCGUCGACAGACCCUGGAAGAGAGCCACCAGGAAUGAUGCUUUCGAGUGCAGAGCUUGCAACUGCAACGGCCACUCAGAACAAUGCAUAUUUGACAACGAACUCUACCAGCGAACUGGUAGUGGCGGCCGAUGCCUCAACUGCAAGAACCACAGCUCAGGUCCGCACUGCGAGCAAUGUAACGUCGGCUUCUACAAAGCAGCAAACAACGUCUGCAGACCUUGCGCCUGCAAUUCCACUGGAUCGAGAAGCGAGCACUGCAGCGAGCGGGGGGUGUGCCAGUGCAAGUAUGGGGUGACCGGGGACAAGUGUGACAAGUGCCUUCCCAACUACUUCCUGUUUGGACCAGAUGGCUGCAAGACGUGUGAAUGCCUAGCAGCAGGCUGCCAGAACAACCAACCUGUCUGUCUGAAAGGCUCGGGUGUUUGUCAGUGCAAGGAGAAUGUGGAGGGGGACAACUGUGAUGUGUUAGAGGGGUGGAGGGUGGAGUGGGGGUUGUGGUUGUGCUGCAAGCCCGGAUUUUUCGGGAUGAAUCUGGACAACCCACUCGGCUGCCUGCCAUGUUAUUGUUACGGACACUCGAGCAGGUGCACCUUGUCGUUGGGAUACUUCAUGCAGUACAUCCACUCGGACUUCCAAAACGGAGCUCAGGGUUGGAGGGGCAUGUCAGGGAGCGAUGUUGAGGUCCCCCUCCAAUUCGACCAACACAGACGUGCCGUCCGUCUCAGCAGUUCUCGUCAUGAUGCCCAAGUUUAUUUUGUUGCACCAGAUAGGUACAUUGGCAAUCAGAAAAACAGCUACGAUCUUUAUUUGACUUUUGAACUUCAGACCAACAAUGACAGGUCAUUGACCUCCCCCACCGACAUCAUCAUCGAAGGAGUGAAUGGCCACAAAAUGUACACGUCCUUGACCUCACAGAACAACCUCGUCCCCAGGACAGCCAAUCAAAACUACAAGUUCCGCUUGAACGAGUAUCCAACUUAUGAAUGGAGUCCCAAGAUGUCCACGAGAGAAUUUGUUGACAUCCUGAGCGACAUCAAGUCCAUCAAAAUCAGGGGCACCUACUCGCCGAACGGCGAAGGCUUCUUGAGCAGUUUCAAGCUGGAGUCCUCGGCGGCAUCUUACGGACACCGACCUGCCACGAACGUGGAGAGAUGUGAGUGUCCCGUGGGGUAUGUUGGUCAGUUCUGCGAAUCUUGCGCCCCUGGCUACAGGAAGGAAUUUGGUGGGAGUAGUCCCAAGGAGAGAUGCAUUGAGUGCAGAUGCAACGGACACUCAGAUUCCUGUGACUCCGCUUCAGGUCGCUGCAUAUGCCAGCACAACACGGUGGGCAACCAAUGCGAAAUGUGUGCUCCUGGUUUCUACGGCAACGCCCUUCGAGGCACCCCGCACGACUGCAAACUCUGCCCCUGUCUGGACAACGGGGAGUGCAUGGAGAAAGGCGGGGAGGUGGUGUGCACCAAGUGUCAAACUGGCUACGCAGGUAAAACGUGCGGCGAAUGUGACGAUGGAUAUUAUGGAGAUCCAACGGGGGUGAGGGGGAGGAAGAGCCCGUGUAUGCCCUGCCAGUGCAAUGAGAAUGUGGACCCUAACUCUAUCGGCAAUUGUGACAGAUGGACAGGCGAAUGUCUGAAGUGCAUCUACAACACAGCUGGUCCUCACUGCGAGCACUGCCUGCCCAACUACCAUGGUGACGCCCUAGCUUAUCCUAAGGGGCAGUGCAAAUCUUGCCACUGCCACCUGCCCGGCACAGCCUCCCAGCACGGUGACCCCUGCGACCUCUACAGCGGCCAGUGCGCCUGCCUGCCCAACGUCAUCGGCCUCAAGUGCGACCGCUGCGUUGAUGGCUUCUGGAAUAUCAACUCUGGGAGAGGUUGCGAGAGAUGUCGUUGCGACUACACCGGCUCCUUUAACUCGUCGUGCGACCAUCACAGUGGACAGUGCCACUGCAAGCCAGGCGUCACUGGCCGCAACUGCGACAAGUGUGACAUCAAUUAUUAUAAGUUCUCGCAGACCGGAUGCACACCGUGCCACUGCAAUCGCGAGGGCUCGCAACACGAGCAGUGUGACCCCGUGACUGGCAGGUGCAUCUGCAGACCGAACAUCGAGGGCAGGGCUUGUGACCGCUGCUCCGAGAACAGGUACCUCGACGAAAGGGGCUCUUUGUUAUACAUCAACAAGAAGAAGGUGCAUGAAAAUUUAUUUCCAGAAUGUUCGGAAUGCUACACACUGAUCCAAAGGUCAGCCAACGAAAUCAGAGUGAAGGUGAACGAUUUGCGCAUUUUAAUUCAGAAGAUUCUCAGUGGGGCGGAGAUUGGCGACGACGCUGAAAUUCGCAACAGAAUUUAUUUCUUGAACCAGUCCAUUAGCACGCUCUGGUUGCAGGCAAAAAAUAUCAAAGGCGGAACUGGAGGCAACGAGAACGAGAUUUAUGAACUGACGCGAAGGAUUGAGAGCAUACAGCAGAUCAUCAACGAGAUUGUCUACAGGAUGGGACUUGCAAGAAAUAACAACGAGCGGGCGAGGGAUGAAAUUGCAACGGCCAACAACAUCCUGGACAUCAUCAAAAACUCAUUCUCCGAUCUCGACUACAAAAUAAACGAAGGAAAAAGAUUGUUGAUUCUUCUGUACGAAAAAAUGCGUAACUAUGGUUACGGUUCUGAUCAGCUGACCAGGAUGGCUAAAGAGGCCAGGAAUUUCGCCGACAGACACAGCGAAGAAUCACACCAAAUUCAGCUGAUAAUUGAACAAGCUUUGCAAACGUCAGAGGAGGCCCUAGCAACCGCAAACUCCAUCCUACCUGGCCAGGACGGGGCUGAGCACAACAUCUACUUUAUCAAAAAAAGGAUAGCGAAACUGAACGAGGAGAUGACGAAGACCUCCUCAGUGACGACAUCCUGUUGGGAGGACUCUCUCAGACUCCUGAAUGAAAUCACCAUCCUGGUCAGGGAUAUCCAGUCCAUCCAAGUCGAUGGCUCCAACGUGCAGCACCUCAAACAGGAAGUUGACCGCAUCAGACAGAAAACUGAACAUAAAAAGUUGGAAUGGGAGUCAUUGAAGAGGGAGAAUCAUGAAUUUGUUAGAAACAUCGAAUCCGUCUUGCACGAAGCCUUCAUGUUGGUUAAUAUGUUGAUCUCUGAAAAACAGUUCAUUGACGAAACGCUGGGCGAUGCGGACGCGUUGCAUGACAGGGCUCUACGUGCCAGCGAAUCAUCACAUGAGCUAUACGAAAAAAUCAAACGCACACUAGAAAUACUACUGCGGUACGACGAGGAGAUGAGGAUCAAGGAGGCCCGGGCCCAGGAGGCUCUCAAGAAGAAACCAAAAAUCGAGUCAACUAUCUACGGGGCUGAAAAAAAUAUUUAUGAAGCUCAGAUGAAAAUUAGUAACGCAGAGAUAAAUGCAGACACAGCUAACAACGAUGCCGACACGAUAAUCAGGAUCAUUGAGGAGUCCUUCAAGAGACUGGAUGAAAUAGAAAGAGAAGCCAUGAAGUCAAACGAAACCAGUGAACACAUUCGGGAAACCACUGUCAAGUCGACAUCAAACAUCGAAGCAUUAAAGAAGCAGAUCGAUGAGAUGCAUAAGAAAACCAUCGAAUGGGAGGGUGAACUAAAACAGGAGUCAGACGCAACUGACUUAACGUUCUUUGAUGUGGAUCAGCUGACACAGAGGGUGAAGGACAUGGACUCUAAAUUGGAUACAUUCAUAAACCAAUACGCGAGUCUGGAGGACUUGGACCUGGUGAUGAUCAAUAAGGCGUACGAGUUGGUGAGUCGGCUCGACGAGAAGUUCACCUCCUUCGACUGGUACAACAGGUUCAACCACAUCAGAAACAUCGACAGCAGGCUGGAGGUGUGGCUCACCCAUUACGAGUUGAUUCUACAGCAGUUGAAGUUGGACAUGGACAACGCCAGACACAUCAGCCUCGCCAUACCGAGCAUGUGCUUCAAAAUCACCGAACUCGAAAUCAGCGAGUGGAACAGAUAGUGGCUGGCGAUGAUGAUAAGGAUGAUGAUGACGUUGUUGCUGCUGUUGAUCAAGUUGUUUGUGCUGACGUACAUGGUGGUGAUGGUGUAUGGUGGUGAUGAUGGUGGUGAUGAUGUGGAUGAUGACGAACGACAAUCACAACAAUGCUGGUGAUGGAAAUUGUUAUUAAAACUUCGAACCGUUUGUGCUAGUGAUGAUAAUAAAGUUUUGAAUUUGAUGAUGAUGGUGACACGUUGUAGUAAAGAUGAUGAUGAUGAUGACGAUGGUAAAAUGAUGUAAUGAUGAAAUGAUGUGACGAUGACUGCAGUGAUUACAACAAAUGAUCAUCUAAUAGAGAAGAUGAGGAGAAAUUAAAUUAUUUUAUUUCUGUCACCUUUCCUCUUUUCAGAGAUGUUAGAUGUUAGAUUGUUCCUCUCUGAUGGACUCUAAUGUUUCAAAUUUAUAUUCUGAAUAAUUUUUAACGAUGUUUCUAAAACUAUCAAAAUAUAUUUUAUUGUCAUUUUACAUUUUGAUAUCAAACUUUUUAACAUUUUUUAAACAGCAUCAAAGGUUUGGAUAUUUUUAAUUUUCAGUUUUUUGGGUACCAUCAUUCUUCAGCUCAGCUGCUUGUAACCUUGCUUGGUGGUGCUAAUAACUUAUGUGCGUUAGGCAUCGCUGCAUCCAGCUCGUCGACUGGCGGCUACAUUUAUAUUUUGCGGUGGUCAGUCGCCCAUGCACAUCGAUGUAGUUCAUUGUAGGCCAUCUUCUUUCAUACUUUUUGUUCAUUAUUAGUUUUUAGAGGAGCUCUCUUUAUUUGAAUUCAUCAGUAUUUAGAGUUGGAUUUUCAUUUGUUUUAAAUAUGGAAAUAAAUUUUCAAUUUAAUUGUCU